AUGGAAUUAAAUAAAUUGUAUGAGGUUAAUCCAGAUGAUUUAGAUACCAUUUUUAGGGGCAUUCAAUAAGAGAUCGAACAAAAAGAAAACGAUUUAAACACAAUUAUCCCUUAACUUUAAGAAAAAUACAAAAACUAUAACCUUUAAGAUCAUGAUAAAAAAUUGAUCCGCCGAUUCCAUAUAAGGAUUUCUUAAUUGUUUGAAAAGUGCAAGACUCCAAAUGCUAUUGACUAUAUUUCAAGUAUCAUUGACAUUUUAAAUUGUGAUGGUUAAAAUCUUAAUUUUAUUCUUAAUAAAAUUCAGAAAAGAUCUGAGGAUUUGAUGCAAUCACCAAAGGAAGAUACCAAUUCAACUUAUGUGAAGAAAUCACUACCGAAUUGGCAAUAAAAUAUUUAAGAAAAUUAGAGAGUGUUCCAAUUCUAUGAUUCAGAUUUUUGGAAACUCUACGAUAUUCUGCUAUUAUAAAGAUAGUAUUGUUUAAAUCUCAUCACACUUCAUUAAACUAAGCAACAAAAUUACGAAAGGCUCUAUAGUUAAAGUUUAGAAAGGAAUUAACGAUUUAAUAUGUAAAAUCUCUAACCUACCAUUGAAAUGAAUACUCUAAUAGUCAAGGCCUAAUAUCUAAAUUCUUUAAAGAUGAAUGAACCAAUCUAAACUAUAUACAGCAAUAAAUCUAUUAUUAUGUUUGGUAAGAAAAUUCCAAAGGAAAAGGCUAAAAUGAAUAUUAAGUAUUCAUUCUCAGUAAGUCCUCAGAGAGCAUCAAGUAGAGAUCCUAGACCUUAAGGAUGUGAGAUUAAACGGAUUUUCGAAACAGAAAACCUUCAACUUUAUGAUUAGAAUAUCUCUACAAAAAAUAAUAUGAGCAAGAAGGUUUAUCGGAAUGAUAAUUAUAUUACAAUCAUCGAUACUUAGUUCCAAGAAAAAACUAAACUAAAAUUAUGUUAAGAAAUUUAUUGUCCUUAUAAAAUAAAUAAAAAGUAAACUGUAAUACUUCCGGAAAUCAAAUCACCUUAUUAAUUCGAUUAAAAUGAUUCAAUAACCAAGACUAUUUAACUAUUAGAAAAAAAAAAAUAUUUAACUCCUGAUAAAUAUUCUGCAAAAAAGUCUCCUCUGAGUUAAGAUCUAAAUGGAACUUUGUGCUAAUAAUAAUAAAUCUUACCCUAGUUUAAGAUUAACACUAGAGACUUGUAAACAAUCCGAUCUUUGAUAGGAAAAUGA